UCAAAUCACGACACGAGCAGAAAGAAGAAGCGUUAAAAAUUCACGACGUCAAAAAGGAAAGCAAAGUUCGGAAAUGAAAACAGUUUUUUCAGGAUUUUUGUUCACUUCUUGAAGGCUGCGUGUAAAUAAUUGUAAACAAAAAUAGUUUUUCAGCCACAUACACCAGCAAUUGUUGGCCAAAUGAUUCCAAUUGGCUCAAGAGUACGUCUGGCAGAAGGAAAUAAGUGCAAAAAUCUAAUAGUCCACAAUCUGUGCUUGAAUAUAUUAAUAAAAGGUGCGAAGGUGUGGACACAAACACACUUACGGCUGCGAUAAGGCCACGACUGUCGUUUGCAAAUUUGUAAAUCGCAUCGAAAAUUGUAGAACGCCAUAGGUAAAAAAAAAAAAUCUUCAAUAAGACGUAUCAGCAGUUUUAUUCAAAAGUCCAUGGUAGACAAUCUUUGCGCAAAAAUUUGUACAUUUGUUAUUAAACAAAAAACAACUAGAGGUCAAGGCGUCAGGUGCACGUCAUUGGUCACUGACCCACUAGCUGCUGCCCCACGACGAACGACUUCUUCGGAUAGAUAAUACCAUCUGCGAGGCAGAUUAUUUACAAUCCAAGCAAAAUCUUUUAAUAAACUUGGUAACUUAAUAGUAAAAAAAGCACAAGCCUCUAAUAUGUCUGUGCGCACGAAAGUACUCGGUCUAGUGGACGUUAUGAUGCGUGUACCACCCAUUUUAGUCAUCGAUGAGGUGCUGAAAAUCAGCAUGGGAUUACCAACGCGUUUUUAUCCGGCAACCAUAGAUCAAGGACUAUCCCCGAUUGGCGAAUUCAUUGAAAACCAAACACACAGUAAAACCAACGCGCCAAUUGGUUCGGCAGCUGUCUUUCCUGAAUUAAAUAAUGCCAACCUUGGAAACCACACCAAUGGAGAUAGCUCAGGUGGAGACAGCCUGCUGGAGCGCGCCAUAGUCAAUGCGUCGACUACAGCCACAUCAAAUGGUGUACUCAGCAGUUCUUUUGGCAUCAUGAUGAAUGAAUUAGCGCAGGACACGGUUCUAUCAGAUGUUCUCUCAAUAACAUCUGUGAAGUUUGUUAUCUGUUUAAUUGUUUUCCUAAGUGCUGCUUGCGUAUUCAUGCUAUGGACUCGACACCUGGUGAUGGUAUACAUGUUUGUGAUUUCUUUGGGUUUGACCUUCCUUUCAUAUUGGUCGAAUGUAUCUGCGCUGGCCGUGAUGGAGAAAUCUCCGUGCAUAGUGGAGGAUUUGCUUUCACUUAAUACGACACGACUGCUGGACACAGGCGGUGUUGCUAUGUCGCUGGUGCCACAUUUGGUAGCCCAGUGGUUCAUGGGCAUGCUCUUCGCAUACGUACAUUUGGGUCCACGUUAUCCAACCAUACCAAAAAUUAUGCCGAUCGUAUUUGCUUGUCCCAUUUUGUUGGCAAUGUUACCAUUGCCGCCACGCAUUAUCAAGGAUUUGCCUGUGCUAGCUGGAGCGGUACCGCUGAUAUUAACCAAGAUUACAAUGCUGAGCAGUGCUAUAGACGCUGCUAAAACCGUUUAUAAUGGUUAUCAGUAUGCAAUGAAUUUUGUAUCAAAUUUUGGCUUAUCGGCAUUAAUCGAAAAUGAAUGGCAGCGAUUGAAUGUGCCUAGUGUUCUACGUGUUUUCUGGACUAUAAGAAUCGGCCAAGAGUGUAUUUCAAUUGUGCUAUCUGACAACAGCACGACUUUGAGUUUCUUCCCCACCAUCCAAAAAUUGCUAGUCGAUGGUUGUGAGACGCUCACGGCUGUCCUGGGCAUGACUUCGAUUAUUUCGGUGAUUUGUCACUACAUCGGCCGCGCAUUUCAAUGGUAUCUACUCACAUUUGACAACGACGAGGAAAAAUCUUUGGGGACGGUUUCUGCAGUGCUCUUCUACAUUCUCGCACUGCAAACGGGUCUCACAUCAUUGGCACCCGAUAAACGCUUCGUCCGUCUAUGCCGCAAUUUAUGCUUGUUGAUCACAGCUUUGUUACAUUUUUUGCACAAUAUCGUAUCGCCCAUACUAAUGUCAUUGAGUGCGGCACGCAAUCCUUCACGCAAGCGCCAUGUACGCGCGCUCACUGUGUGCGCCUUUCUGGUUAUUACGCCUGUUUGCUUGCUCGCUGCGCUCUGGUCACGACAUUCGCCGUCCACCUGGUUGCUCGCGGUCACCGCAUUCUCCGUUGAAGUGGUGGUAAAGGUAUUUGUUUCCCUAGCCACAUAUACGCUAUUCCUUCUAGAUGCACGCCGUCAAACAUUCUGGGAGAAGCUAGACGAUUAUUUGUACUAUGUGCGCGCAUUUGGUAAUUCGGUAGAGUUUUGCUUUGGUAUUUUGCUUUUCUUUAACGGUGCUUGGAUUUUAAUUUUCGAGUCCGCCGAAAAUGUUAUAGGCGGCGCUAUAAGAGCCAUCAUGAUGUGCAUCCAUGCCUACUUCAACAUUUGGUGUGAGGCUCGAGCCGGUUGGUCCGUGUUCAUGAAGCGACGUUCGGCCGUACACAAGAUCUCUGCUCUGCCCGAGGCCACUCCAGCACAAUUACAUGCCUUCGACGAUGUUUGCGCCAUAUGCUAUCAGGAAAUGUAUUCCGCAAAAAUUACACGCUGCCGGCAUUAUUUCCAUGGCGUAUGCUUACGUAAAUGGUUAUACGUGCAAGAUCGCUGCCCUCUUUGCCACGAAAUCAUGAUGUAUUCGGACAAAAGUGAAGAGAGUGAUGCCCAGGCGCCAGCAGAUAGUCCGGCGCCCGCUGUGCAUCAAUACAAUAAUGAGGGCGACGAAGAGCACACCUCCAGCUCUGCCAGCUCAACGCCCAGAUUGGCAAGCAACACAACCACAAGUACGGCAGCUACGACAUCUUCUGCAGCUGCGGUGGCCACAGCAGCUGCUAGCAACACAACACAAACAUUUCGAUUGUCACCAGACGUUGGGAUGCAGGAAUAAACUUUGGGAUAUAGUUAAAACAUAAGAUUAAAUGAAAUUUAGAACAAAAUCCAAACGAACUGUUGAAUGGGGUUGUAUGUGAACGCGGGUGGGUGUGGCAGGCACAACAACAAAAAAGACAUAUAAAUGCACUCAACAAUGAAAUUGCUUGAGUUAAUAGUGUGUAUUUAUAUAGGUUUAGCAAGAGCGAUAUAUUCGGUUGGUAGGAAAACUUAUUAUAACUAUUAUAUAGGAUGGGUAAAAGCCGCUCAAUAGCCUUCGGUUAGAUAAAACCCCAACGAAAUAGGAUAAUUGUACAAAAUUUUUAAAUAUUGUAUAAAAAAAGGCACGUCCCUUAUGGAUCAGAGAAAUAAGGUUAUAAGGAGCAUGUUCAAAGAGCUCUGCAGCAACCAGCAAAGCACUGUACACUCAACGAAAACGUUGAAAGGCAAGAAAUCAAUUACUCAUGUGGCAGUGGCCUAAGUGAAAGCAAAGAUGCACCCGAAUUAUAUUGUUGAAGUUGUCAUAUACAUUUUAUAUUAGAUCACAAGCCCUAAAAAGAUGGCCGCAUUGGGAAUAUUUCAAUUGUGCUGCGUUAUCUAACGGCUUGUACUGUUUGUAUAUACUACUUAAUAUAAAAAGAACACAC